AUGGAUGCAGAGCUUUGGUUUCACCUCUUCAUGCGGACAUGCUGGCCACCAUCAGGCGCUCUCUUAGCCUUUGCAGAGGGUACCACCACACCCGUGGGCAUCGACUGGCGAGCUCGUCUCCAAGCGCGCUCUGCCGCAUGCCCAACGAUUGUGGUGGAUGUGGGCCGAGGGUACACCAAGUAUACGGUAGCUGAUGGGAUCCAAGGGCGCUGGGAGUUGGAUGGUUGCUCUCCACAGCUUGUUCAACUCUGUUCUUCGCCUACCCAUCCUCCAGACUGUGAGAGGAAUGAUCAGCUCCGAUACAUCCAGUACAUGCUGAACCGAGAGUUUCUGCAAGCGGCCCUAAACCCCUCUCACAGACUCCACAAGGCGGCAAUGGCUCCGCAGAACGGCCUGAAACAAGGCGGCUACGCAGUGUAUAGGGAUGAGCAUGACAACGCCAAACCCGUCAAGGUCCGGGAGGGCGAUGAGGCAGCUGGCCAGUGGUCAGUGGAGGUGCUCCAGAGCUCUGAGCGGGGAAUCCUUUCCGUGAAGUCGGAGUCUUUGGAGCCAAUCCGAAUGGCCCAGGACCUGCCCAUUCUCAUCGGGGAGCCCUUUGUGAUCACUGCCGCCGGGAGUGGCGAGAAAGCAGCCUGGGAGCAGAAUAUCCGAAGCCAGCUGGGCAACGACCGACCGGGAGCCGUCCAAGUGGUCUCUCAGGCCCAGAUGGCAUUGUGGGCACAUGGAGUGGAUCAUGGCAUCGUCGUCAACAUCGGGCAGGGGCAGACGGUCGCACUCCCGGUGGUCAAGGGGGAAGUUCUGUCUCAAUGCGCGCUGAGUUCUUCUAUUGGAAGUGGCGACCUUACGCAGGUGAUGGUGUCGCUCAUGAGCCGGAGGCAUCCUGCAAUCGUGGACAGCUCCCUGAUGACCUGGUGCCGAGAUCUUAAGGAGAACUACUGCUACGUCUCCCCACCCGGCCAUGGCUGCAUGCGGAGUCGUCUGGCUGCCGGGGAUGACUAUGGCAUCCGCCCCGUGGAGGUGGAGUUGCCAGAGUAUGCCUCGGCCCGCACUGAGGAGAAUACCCUGGAACUGGCGGAGGAGCGUGUCUUGGUGCCCGAAGUUCUCUUCGAAUCCAACAGAGGACUCGGCCUCCCUGGGCUUAUUGUGCGCUGUGCCGAUGCAGUGCUUGCCUCGGGGAAGAGCAGCGAGGAGGGAGUCCGUGAGCUGCUCCGGCAAGUGGUACUGGUUGGUGGUGCAGCUGACUUUCCGGGUAUCCGACCACGAGUCGAGUACGAGAUGCGAAGUCUCUUGCAGAGCUCUCAGUUCGAGCGCCUCCUCGGCUGUCUGAGCUCUGCGGAGGAUGUCUUCGUCUUAAACCCUCCGCUUGGGGAGACGGGGCCUUUGGUUACUCCCCGAUUCGUACCCCUGUUUGGUGGUUGUGUUCGUGCCGCAAGCUCGAAAGGCUAUGGAGCAUGA